AAUAGUGACGUGUGAACUGUAAAGUGAACUUUGUUUUAGGUUAAUUUGUAUGUCAGAUUUCAGUAAUAAUAUUGUGUAUUUAAUUAUUUUUUGCCUUCACCAUUCAAUGUUUCAAAUAAAUAUAGAUCUAAUUAACUAAAAAAAAUGUUGUCUAGGAAAAAUAAAGAUUUGAGAACAAUCAAAGAAGGAGUUGUUGGUAAAUAUGUCAAGAAAGAGACGCCUCCUGAAAUGCCAAUCAUAAAUGUGUGGAGUACUGAGCCUGUUUGGAAAAAUAAUAGAAGAGGACAACGACCAGAAUCUCCUAUUGGUGGAUCUUCUCAAUCUUCAAGUAUCACACAGAAGUUUGGCAAUAGUCGAGUGAGUCCAUCGCCCACCACUCUUGUUGGCCAUGAGGGGAAAUAUACUCCCAGCACAUCGGUUCCUGACCUUGCUCAUAGGUUUGCUGGCAUGACAGUAGCAAGUGGUUCAGAACAGCAAAACGCGAUGAGGCUUCCCCCUCCACAUUCAGUCUACGCAAGCGGCCUGUUAACAGCGGUUGGUCAUACCUACAUUAACCAGUAUACUGGAUCCGAGUACAACAUAGACAAGCAACAGGGUGGAUCACAGCUGAGUCCAAAUUAUAUAUCUGUGCACAGCGCCGGUGACAUCACAGAUCCUUGUCUCAGGUACAACGAAUCACCCGCCUACACCGAUUAUAGGCUACAGCCCUAUCAACAGGUUCCUUACAAUCAGCAGAUUGUCUCAGCACAUUCCUUCAAUCAUCCGAGACACUCUCUGUCUCAGAGCCGAGGUCAGCCUCCAGGUGUCGAUUCGGGCGACGAGCUGCCCCUUCCACCGGGCUGGUCAGUGGACUACACACUGCGGGGCCGCAAGUACUACAUCGACCACAACACCAAGACGACACACUGGUCGCACCCGCUGGAGAAGGAAGGCCUGCCCACCGGCUGGGAGCGCAUCGAGUCACCCGAGUAUGGCGUCUACUAUGUCAACCACAUCACAAAGGCGGCGCAGUACGAGCACCCCUGCGCCCCCCACUUCAUCUACCAGCCGGAAGUGCGCUUUCAGCUGGAGAUGGCGCCCCCUCCCAUCCCCCGCCACACACACUUUCAUCCCCACAGCGUGCUAGUCCCUGCCAACCCCUAUCUCAACCAAGAAAUACCUCAUUGGCUGAAUGUCUACUCAAAGGCAUCCCAAAAUUUGGAUCACAAGCUGCGUUGGGAAAUGUUCAGGUUACCAGAAUUAGACUGUUUCAAUGCUAUGCUAACAAGGCUGUACAAGCAAGAGCUGGAAGAAAUUGUCAUGAGAUAUGAAGCAUACAGAUCGGCUCUCCUGUGUGAAAUGGAUCAGCGGCUGUCGGCCUCACAACACGCGAGGAUGCUAAUGGCCGCCCCGCCGCCCCCGGAGCUGGAUGGGGGCGGUGCAAGCGGAGGCGGCGGCAUCAAAGUGAUCGAGUUGAGUUCGGAAGCCCUCAAGGAGACCGCCCUGUCGCAUCAGUCCGAGACGAAGGUUUGACACUUCCUCAACAUACGACGGCUGUGAUUUCUAUAGCUUAAUUUAUUUUUUAGUAGAUUAAACAGACUCGAGGCUACAGAAAAACAAACUUUCACUUCAUUGGUUUAAAGGGAUUUACAAGAAGAUUCGAGGCUGCAGGUUUGAGGCUACAG